AUGAGCAACCUAGGUGGCCAAGCAUUUGCACAUCCCCAAGGAAGAAUGCCCGCGGGAUCUGCUGUUCCAGAUGGCCACCCUACACCAACUGUCAAGACUAAAUUGUGCAACAAGUAUAACACUGCAGAGGGAUGCAAAUGGGGUGACAACUGCCACUUUGCACAUGUGCCGGAGGCAUUUGAAGCAGGCGCAGGAAGCAAAUCCAAGCCAUGCGACAUGUUCUUCAGUACUACUGGUUGCCCCUUUGGCGAGGGUUGCCAUUUCCUCCAUUACUUCCCCGGUGGCCACCAGGCUGUUGCAAAGAUGAGCAACCUAGGUGGCCAAGCAUUUGCACAUCCCCAAGGAAGAAUGCCCGCAGGAUCUGCUGUUCCAGAUGGCCCCCCUACACCAACUGUCAAGACUAAAUUGUGCAACAAGUAUAACACUGCGGAGGGAUGCAAAUGGGGUGACAAGUGCCACUUUGCACAUGGUGAGAGGGAGCUCGGCAAGCACACGUUCAUCAACAAUUCCAUGCCACCCCAUAUGGGACCAAGGCCCACCGGCCACUUUGGACCUCCGGCAAUGCCCAGCCCUGCCAUGACCACCCCAGCAGGCUUCGGGGCUUCUUCCACAGCCAAGGUCAGUGUCGAUGCGUCCCUCGUAGGUGGCAUCAUCGGGCGGGGUGGAGUCAACACAAAGCAGAUAUCCCGAGUCACCGGGGCCAAGCUGGCCAUCCGGGACCACGAAUCAAACGAGGCCUUGAAAAACAUUGAACUCGAGGGUACGUUUGAUCAGAUCAACAACGCCAGCGCCAUGCUCAGGGAGCUGUUCUUCAGGAUCAGCGGCGGCGCCAACGCCCCUCCGCCGGGCGAGAGCCUGGCCGGAGGAUCUCACCGCGCCAGUGGCGGUGGGCCGGGAAGCAACUUCAAGACCAAGCUGUGCGACAACUUCACGAAAGGAUUGUGCACGUUUAGCGACAGAUGCCACUUUGCCCAUGGCGAGAAGGAGCUGCGCAAAUCGGCUGCCGCAUGA